CGCUUCUUCCCUGAUCGCCGGCGAUGGCGAUCCCCCCAUCCCCCGCCGCCCGACGCGAUACAGCGACGGACAGCGACGCCUCCGCACGGCGUCGAUCAAUAACACCGUCGUCGGCGACGCCGACGUUGAGAGCGUCGUCGCGCUUACGAGGGAACGGCGGUGCGACGCGAGGCGUCGCGUUAUCCGCGACGAGAUCCGUUACGCCGUGCGUCGUCGACGGUUCAGCCGUGCAGCAGCGAUCCGGUGUGAGCCUUUCGCGUGCGGGUACAUGGCGAUGGGCAUGUGACUUGGGACACUCCCGUUCGAAUCAGUUGCAAACGAGGAACGCACAUCUGGGAACGACUGGGGAGAGCCGAGUACCGAAUCGCCGAGGUCCCACCCACGACAUGGCCAAGAACGUAGGGGAGAGUCGGAUACCUGUUCCACGAGCAGCACGACCGUCGUUCUUCCCGAAAUCGAGAGUACUCGAGGCAUCGAGGCUCCUGACGGGAAGCCGCCGAUCAACUAUCUUCUCGGGAUGCUUUCAAUUUAACAGCGAGGACGAAUCCCCCACUCCGCGGGAAUUUACGGGAUUCGCAACGUCUUCGCCCACUAUCAAAACUGAUUCGGCGAUAGACAUACACGAUCAGACAUACACGAUCUCACCCGCAUGGGACAUCGACAAGAAUGAUGUGCAACAAUUGGUACAUCUCAGCGAGGAGAAAAGCAGUUUAUUCAGGCUACUUGAAGAAUCUCAGCUGAGUAUGAUCGAGGAUGUCGGUGACACCUGUCUCGUAGAAUCGACUCUGAGCAGUUACAAUGAUGCGAGCGCAGCUCCGCAUUAUUUGAUGCUGAACAAACAGAACUCCUUCGAACACGACGAGAGUCUCGGUAUAUUGACGCCGGACCAGAUGACAGAUUUCACGGUGGCGUUGGAAUGCUCCAGGACACCAUCCUGCGAGAAUCUCACUGGAUCGGCUGGCUCGAAAUUGGCGUUAACUCGAGCGUCCGCUUCGACGAGACCAUUAGUCGACGUGGAACCCGCGGAAGAGGGCUGUACCGAGAGAACACCAUCGCCGGAAGAACUACCACUCGAUCCUAAACCCGUGGAGCCGAUCAGAGGUAACACCGUGCCGGUAAGCUUCGUCACAUCGGUCACAAGUAUCACUAGUCUGGAAGCGGGCUAUCAGGGAGACGGUGAGAAUUCAAGACCAGCUAGCCGUGGUGCGGAUCCACCAUCUAUGGCAGUGCCGCCGGUCAAUCUUCCUGCGCCUUGCCGACAAGAUCCAAUGACUGAUUCGGAUUUCUUUACCGAGAGUGACGCGGAUGCACACGAGGAAAUUGUGCGGGGCGACAGGAAGGCACAAGUAAUCGAUGGCACGCUAUUCUGUGCACCGGGCGAACGCGUAUGCCCCAGUUUCACCGGAGAAGAAAUGGAUUCGAGCGGAAUUUACUCGGACUUGGACAAGCUACAGGCGCCUGGUGAGCAAGCGCCGGAAGAGAAUGAUGACUAUACUCCUGAUACCGGAGAUACCGAACUCUCCCAAAGGAGCCAGCCCUCGCCUAUUGUGGCGAACGUUAUCAUGGAUUACUUACAGAGUCCCGCGAAGGCGUCGGAUGAAACAAGCAACAUGAAUGACACAACGACCUCUGCUGAAGUUACAACGAUUGAAAAAGUUGAAAAGAACGAAAACAUCAGGCCCAAAUCACAAAGCAAAGCCGAUACGAUGCCUUUGAAAAAAUAUAAAAUGCCAAAGAGAAACGUUGUCUCGAAGAUCAAGGCAAUGAUCGAGUCGUCGUCGAAAGACGAUGCAGAAAAGGAAGCGAGACGUUCUCAGAGAUCCGCCAGAAAGGGUGGUCGCUGGGACGCUGUGAUGAAUAAAAUAGAGGCUGGUAAAAAUGAGCAGAGAACGAGAUCAGUUAGAAAAGAAGUAAAAUCAAGAGUAUUGCAGAAUCUCACUUUGUCACCUUCCACGAGACCAGCAUCGAAGAAAGCAGGCGAUGCAAACAAUAAUAAUAAUAAGGAUAAACGGAGGAUGCGUGGUUGGCAAGAAAUGAAAUCACCGACGCAGGAAACAGCCAGGAGUUCUGUCCGUAGUUCGAUGAGUGACCUCAGUAGUGGCCCAAGUAAGGACAUAUCAAAGAGAUCACCGACGUCCGCGAAUCCGCCCCGGAGGUUCGUCUCGAACGGCCACGUCAAUCACCAUCAGGUUCGCGUCAACAGUUUCGACGCGAAAAAGAAUUGCAUCGACGUGGCGACGGUGGAACUCGAAAAAAGUCCGCCUUCGGCGCGAAAGCCAACAAUAGCGAGGAGAUUAGCAGCCAACACCAGUGUGAAACAGAAAUCCUCCGUGACGUCGAUAAAAGAUCGUGAGUCCAAAGAGACUCCUCACAAUACCACCUACACAGUGACGGCGAGGACAUCGCUGGAAACGCGGGAUCAGGCCGCGCAGACCAUCGUGCCCUACGUGGACUUCCGCGUGGAACAAGCGGAACGAGCCGCACAGGCACUCGCUGUGAGCGUAGGCUACUUGGCAUUCGAGCUGGACGCUUUUGCCACUCCUAAAUUGAAGAAGGAUUUCGAAAAGUUGAAGGCCGAUUGCGAGGAGAUGAAAAACGAACGAUCGGCUUUGCUUUCGGAGAUCGACGUUUUACGCGCGAGAUGUGUCAGCAUGGAGGAAAGACUCGAGGUGGAAAGGGAGGAUCAUCGUAAAGCGCUGGACCAGCUACGCGAUGAGUUGGAGACUCUUAGGACGAAACAGGUUGCCACACUCGUUGAAACUUUAAAAGAAGAGAGGCACAAAUUCGACAUCAGGCUGGAUGAAGUCACGAGAGAACAUCGUGCGACAAUUGCGAAAUUACGUGCCGAGCAGAUUAAUGAGCUGGCUCGCAAAGAAGAGAUGAGAAGAUCCGUGGUUCACGAUCAGGGUGCCGCGCUGAUGGCGGAGAUCGAGUCACUGAGAUCUGUGCUCGAGCUGAAGAGUCAAGAGAAUGCGGCUCUUCGAUCAGAGCUGGACAGUUACAGGCGGGAUAUCGAGGAGAAGGACGCUUUGCAAAUACGACUCGAUAUGGCGGAGGCCAGAUGCGAGGACUUGAAGGCUCAGCUUCAAAGGAAAGACUCCUUCGAACGACAAAUCUCGCACGAGAAUGAAAUGCUUCACGAAUCGAUUCAUCAAGUCUCGAAGCACAACAAGCGACUAUCCCAGCGGAACGAGGAGCUGCAGUGGAAGCUACGAAACAAGAACGACUGGGUGAGCGUUCUUGCGAAUCAGCUUAAUCCACGGUUAACUCGAUCCGCAGGUUCGGAACAAAUGGAACACAGCUAUUCGCUCGAAAAGAAUGGCGCUCAUUCGUCGUCAUCGAUGGUGAAGUUCAUGGUCGAAAAGGGUGCCUCCGUUUCUUGGACGCUGGAAAUCGACGAUUUAUCUAAGGGGGGGACGUCUGACUCGCUCAGCACAUUGCCGAAAGUUGCCAGGUCCUCCGAGGGCGCAACGACAGUGUCUAGGCAAGGAUCGCUCAGGUUGACGCCGAACACUAGACCUACCAUAGACACCAGAGCGAGAUCGAAAAGUAUCUCUACUACAUGUGAUUCGGCGCGGACCACGGCAGUGGAAGAGGCGGCCGCAUGGUCGCCUUCAUUCAGCUCGACGCCGGUCUCGCGGCGACGUCCUAGGAAAGAUCAGUCGUCACCUUCCUCGUCAUCUUCUUCAUCGUCUUCCACGUCGUCUACGACACCUGCCGUGAAUUCUGCAGUGGCCGCCGCAGUGGCGGCCGCUGCAGCGGCAGCAGCAGCGGCGGUGGAUGAUUGCAACGUCGGCGGCGGUCAGAGACCACAGGAAGCUGGCGGGGAAGCGAUGAUCUCCGAGGAAACGUCGGCGUCCAGCAGCGAGGACGAAUCGUCCACCGGCAGCGAUAUCCCCCGGCUGGGAAUACAGUUUGCUUGGGGCAAGCCGAUCAAGUAACACUUGAGCGAACAAUCGCGGCCUGCUAUUAACUGUUUACGUGUUCCUUCUCCCGCGUAAACAACAGUGUUGUUUCGAAUCGCGAAUUAUCGUACGGCCGCUGUCUCUGUUCUCUUGCCUACAGUGGAGUCGUUCCACGACGUGUAUUCGUUGCGGAUCUUCGUUGAUCAUUCCCCUUCGUUCGUUUGCAGAUACGUUUCAUGUUGUGUAAUGCCGGCACCACGCCUCUUUCGUUUUUUUUUUCUUUUCCAAUCGAUACAUCUAGCCGAGAUUUAGAGCGAGAAGAGUGGCGUUUAUGUUUUAAGCAAGCAAACGUGCCGCGCGAUAAAACGUUGUAAGUUAGUGAAAUGUUUAAGGAUGAAUUCCACGAUGUAUUUUAAUGUUACGACUGUAUAAAUUAGAUUAGUACCAUUGUUUCCGUGGUUUUUUCAAUUACAAGGACGUUUCAUCUUCCCCGACACACGUUUUGCAUUGCGAUUUAAGGCAGCGAUUUUUCGCGGUGGAUUUAAGAUUAGGAUCUUCGAAAUCCAUUACGUAAUAAUUUUCCGACAUGCAUACAACGAAACUGCUUCGUUUGCUGUAAUCAAGGCAGCCGUGCCUUUCUUUCAGGCAGUAUUCGCCUACAAAGUUCAUAACGUGCAGAGUCACGCAGGAGUUUUCUUUUUUGUUUGUCUUUUUUUUUUUGAACUUUGACGGACAUUGAAAAAGGGAAGUUCAAUGUCGUUUUGGCUAACAGCUUUUAUUGCGGUUUUUCCGAGAAUUUUACCGGAUGUUAUUCGGGUACUUUUAUAAUUACGUGAGUACGUUUUAUAAGCGUCACCUAUUUUUUGUUUUUGGUACAGAGACCACGUAGUAUUGCGAAGAUUAAAUAUACAUAUAUUAUAUAUAAGAACAUGACAAAAGAAAAAUAUUCCUCGUUCCUCGCGAUCAUGCCGAUUUUCGUACUUGUAAGUCGAAUUCUUUUUCAGAUGAUGCGCGUCUCUUGUGUUUUCCGUUUGUUGCGUUCUCGCAGAAAAAAAAAAGAAAUCCGAUUGCCGAUUCUUGCCGGCACUACGGACGGCGUUUGUUUGUAUCUUCGCGCGCAAUAACCGAAUCAUGGAUGAUCUACCUGGUAGAUGCAGCAGAGCAGUGAUAACCGUUAGCGGCAAACUUGUAGCACGUUCCGACAAGAGCGUUAAUUUCACAGUCCGUUCCAUAGACAAGUGGUAGCUUUUAGAUUAUAAUGAAAGAGAGAAUUAAUCAAUCGCGCGCUCGACAUACGGAAGCCAAGUAUUACUCAUCGAGAAAGUAUGUUUUCUUUUCUCAUGUGUGCUGAUAAGAUCGAUGUAUUAUAUACUUCUCGAAUAAAUAAGUAUCAUCUAAAUUGUAGAG